GGGGUCUGACAACUUUAGUUCCAUCACUGUAGUAUUAGCGCUAGUAUCGCACCCUGUUUUACGUAAUCUGUGGUCUUUAGCUGUCAACAUCUGUCAACAGUGUCAAUUGAAAAAAAUUGAAUUUGACAAUUCUCACUUUCAGUUGUUUUGUAAACUUUGAGUCGAGCACUGCUAAUCUUGUGUCCUCCUCCCGUCUUGGUUGAGUUGAGUACCCUGAGAAGCCACCCUCCUCUGGUUUGCAAUACAAUUGUCCUCCUCCCGUCUUGGUUGAGUUGAGUUCCUUGCGGCUGCCGAAUAUGGCACCGUUAAAGUGUUGUGUUCUCGGUUGUGAAUCAACAAGUGCCACACACAGACUAUUUUGCAUGCCCAUGAACGACAAUUUGCGAAAUUUGUGGAUGUCGUUUCUGGUUCCAGUUAAUCCACAUUUACUUGGACUGUCAAAGGGUCAGCUAAUGACUAAACGUGUUUGUCAGAAACAUUUCGACGAAACUCAGUUUAGCCAAGGGUCAAGAAUUCGUUAUUCUUACCCCUGCCUUUUCACAGAAAAGGAAUUUAUUCACGGCGUCCCACUCUCUUCUGAAGAAUACAAUGUUCUCAAUGAACAUAACUACUGCACAAAUCAAGAAGGAGAUGAUACUGCAGUGCAUCAAGUACCAGCAACACUCAUGGGCAUGCCAGGUGAUGUUCAUUUACAUGAACAUCUUUAUGCACUUCCUUCUACGAGUCAAGAGGCUGCCGCACCUAAACCUAAUGAAGCUGAUGUCUCUUUACAAGAGGUUCAACACUCAGUUUCUCCAGUAAUAAUACAGUCAACAACAGUACCUGCUAGGCUUGAAAUUGAAGCUGAUGUUUCUUUACAAGAACAUCAACACCCAGUUUCUCCUUCGACAGUGCAGUCAACAACAGUCACUACUGUACAUAGCGUUGAAGCUGACGUCUCUUUACAAGAACACCACCCAGUUUCUCCGUCUACAGUACAGUCAACAACACUCACUGCUAAAUAUAGCAUUGAAGGACUCUCUUGCUCCAGAAAGCCAUUGAUGGACAUCACCCAUCAGUACAAUGUCACUGGUACAACUCAAUUCUCCGAGCAACAUAUUUCCGCAGACAAACGAGUGAAUAGUCCACAAGAGACGAUGGAGACGACAGCUGCGGUCGUCUUGUUUUUUGACGAGCUUUUUGACAGCGUCAAUGGAUCGCCAGGCCAAGGCAAAGGCAAACUCAGAUGUGCCGUCAAAGAAACUUCAAGCCAUAAGGAUUUUUGGCUAAAUGCUAUAAGAACAUUGCAAAGUACACAACUGGUGUAA